GACGACAUCGCCAUUGUCAACAUGGCAUUAAACGUGAUUUUUAAGACUGAAACCGAUGAAAUCACUGAAGCCCACUUGGCAUACGGUGGAAUGGCCCCAACGACGAGGCUCGCAGUGAAAACUUGCGAGCAAAUGUUGGGAAAACGAUGGAACUCAGAUAUGCUGGAAUCGACCUACCGAUCAUUAAUCGAGGAAUUCCCAUUGGAAGACUCUGCACCCGGAGGAAUGAUCCUCUACCGAAGGUCCCUGACGCUCAGUCUCUUCUUCAAGGGGUUCAUUCACAUUACGAAGCAGUUACAGCGCGAUGUCCCUGGACUUGCGCCAAUCCCGAAGGAAUUAUCCUCAGUGGAUGGAACAUAUCGUUGCAAAUCCUUCAAAAGUUCGCAGUACUACCAGAUUGCCCCUGACCGCUCAGACCCGAAGGAUUUGAUCGGACGACCGAUCGUCCACACCAGUGCCUUCAAGCAAACCACUGGAGAAGCAUUGUACUGCGACGACAUUCCGAGGAUCGACGGAGAGCUAUACUUGGCUCUAGUUCUGUCCACAAGGCCCCACGCAAAAAUCGUCCGCGUUGACGCCUCCAAAGCUCUGGCACUCGAGGGCGUCAUUAGAUUCUUCUGCGCUGAAAAUAUUCCGGAAGACAGAAAAUGGGUUGGACCCAUUGUGAAGGACGAAGAGGUCUUCGCCACGAAAGUAACGAGUCAGGGUCAACCGAUUGGUGCAAUAAUCGCUGUAAACCAAGUGACAGCCCAAAAAGCGUCGCGACUAGUGGAGGUUCACUACGAAGACCUAACGCCUGUGAUCAUAAGCAUUGAGGAUGCCAUAGCGUCGAAAUCCUUCAUCGCCCCGUCCCCCAUGAGGAUCCAGAAUGGAGAUAUAAAUCAAGCCCUUGCGGAAUCCGAUCACAUUCUCGACGGGGAGUUCAGAAUAGGCGGCCAGGAGCACUUUUACCUCGAGACUCAGUCGGUUCUGGCUGUCCCCAAGGAGAUCGACGAUCUCGAAAUCACCUGCAGCACGCAAGACCCAAGUCAACUCCAGAGAUUGACUGCCCAGGUCCUCGGAGUCCCGUUGAACCGAGUGAAUAUCCGAGUGAAACGUAUGGGAGGUGGCUUUGGGGGCAAGGAGACCAAGGGGAAAUUGAUUGCGAUACCAGCGGCUCUUGCAGCCCACGAACUCCAGAGGCCCGUUCGUUGCAUGCUCGAUCGAGACGAGGACAUGAUGAUCACCGGGGGAAGGAAUCCCUUCCUGUGUAAAUACAAGGUCGGCUUCACCAAGGGGGGCCUCGUGAAAGGGCUGAAGGUCGAGUUUUUCAUGAACGCUGGACACUCCAGGGAUUAUUCGCCCGAGGUGAUGCAGAGGGCGAUCCACCACUGCGAGAAUGCCUACAAGUUCCCAGCGAUUGAUGCCACAGGAUGGGUCUGCAGGACCAAUCUCCCCUCGAACACAGCUUUCCGGGCCUUUGGGGGACCCCAGGGGAUGCUGGUAGCUGAAAACAUCAUCUGGGAUGUUGCCAAUUUCUUGGGGCUGCGGGUGGAUAAAGUCUCUGAGAUGAAUUUGUACAAGGAGAACGAU